CACUUUCAUUUUCGAUCUUCUUUUUUUCCUUAACGUAUAAUAUCUCUCAUAUUUCUCUUUUAUUUCUAUCUUUAUGCGGCCGGGCGGGUGGGUGGAUUUGUGGUGUUAAAAAAAUUAUUUCCAUCCACACAGCCUCCUUUGUUUUAAUUUUCUCACUCUCUACCAAAGAAUAAAAGAUACUAAAUAGUGUAAAAACCAGAAAGAAACAGAUUUCAUUUCCACACUGCCUUUCUUUGUUAAUCUAUUCUUCAAUCUAGCAUCAUAUUGAAUCCAAGAAACACAUGGCUGCAGCUUUUGUGGGAGAAGCAUUCCUCUCAGCUUCUGUGGAGGUGCUGUUAAACAGGAUCUUUUCCCAUGAGUUCCUAGGCUUCUUUCAUAGCAAGGGACUUGACAUUUCACUCCUAAAAAACCUGAAAAUAACACUUUUGAGUCUCCGAGCUGUACUAAAUGAUGCAGAGGAGAAGCAGAUCACCAACCCUGCUGUCAAGGAAUGGUUGGAUGAGCUCACACAUGCUGUCUUUGAUGCUGAUGAUUUGCUGGAUGAAGUCAACACUGAGGCUUUGCGAUGCAAACUUGAAGUCAGCUCUCAAAGUGAAACCAUCAGUGAUCAGGUGCUGAAUUUUCUUUCUUCGCCUUUUAACCGGUUAUCGGAGUUGAUCCAUUCACAAAUACAAGCAUUAUUUCAAAGAUUAGAGCAUUUUGCACAGCAAAAAGACAUUCUUCAUCUGAAAGAAGGUGUUUCCAGCAUUGUUUGGCAAGGAACUCCUACAAGUUCUGUGGUAGAUGAGUCUGCUAUUUAUGGUAGAGAUGAUGACAAAUGGAUACUUAAAGAUUAUUUGAUGUCAGAAGAUGCUAGUGGUAGUGGCAGUAAAAUAGGAGUGAUUUCCAUUGUGGGCAUGGGAGGGAUUGGGAAGACAACUCUUGCUAAACUCCUUUACAAUGAUCAUGAAGUUGAAGGGAAUUUUGAUCUAAAAGCGUGGGCAUACAUUUCAAAAGAUUUUGAUGUUUGCAGGGUUACUAAAACCAUUCUUGAAGCUGUUACUUUUAAACCUGUUGAUACAAAUAACUUGAAUAUUCUUCUAGUGGAAUUGCAGCAAAGCCUAAGGCAUCAAAGAUUCUUGCUUGUGUUGGAUGACAUUUGGGAUGGGAGCUACAUUGAUUGGAACAAUCUAAUGGAUAUUUUUAGUGCUGGGGAAAUGGGAAGCAAAAUCAUCAUCACAACACGAGAUGAAAGUGUUGCGAAAGCCAUGCAAACCUCUUUUCCUAUCUACCAUCUGACGUCUCUAGCCAUUGAAGAUUGCUGGUCUUUACUCGCCAAACACGCGUUUGGAGCAUAUCGCUGCAACGAAAGGUCCAACCUCGAAGUGAUUGGUCAAGCAAUUGCGAAAAAGUGUGGUGGAUUACCAUUAGCUGCUAUAGCACUUGGAGGUCUUCUCCGCACCAAGUUAUCACAAAAUUACUGGAACAAGGUAUUAAAAAGUAACAUUUGGGAUUUGCCCAAUGUUAAGGUGCUACCAGCUCUACUGUUGAGCUAUCAUCAUCUACCUGCUCCUUUGAAACAGUGUUUUGCUUAUUGUUCAAUUUUCCCAAAGAACACCAAGUUAGAAAAAAAGAUGGUAAUUCAGCUAUGGAUUGCAGAAGGCUUAGUACAUCAGUCCAAAGGUGAGGAAACUAUGGAAGAAGUGGGUGAUGAAUACUUUGAUGAACUAGUAUCAAGGUCAUUAAUACACCGAGAUGGGCAACCAUACUUUAAAAUGCAUGACCUCAUGAAUGAUUUAGCCACAAUGGUUUCAUCUUCGUAUUGUAUCAGGUACGAUGAUCGAAAGUCACAUGAAAGUGUUGAAAGAAUUCGUCAUUUGUCAUACAACAAAGGCAAAUAUGACUCUUUCAAUAAAUUUGGUGACAUUUAUCAAUCCAAAUAUCUUCGUACAUUCAUAGCCCUACCAUUAAAACUAUGGUGGUUGCCAGAAAAAUGUUUUGGAUUCCAUCACUUAUCAAACAAAGUAGUACAUGACUUGUUACCAGAAAUGAGACAAUUACGGGUGCUGUCCUUGUCACACUAUUAUAAUAUCACUGAGCUCCCUGACUCUCUUGGGAACUUGUUACAUCUGCGAUAUUUGGACCUCUCUAACACUGAAAUUCAAAGGUUGCCGAAUGUGAUAUGCAAGCUCUACAAUCUGCAGACCUUGUUGUUGUCCAAGUGUUGGUUCCUAAUUGAGUUGCCUGAGGACAUUGGAAAUUUGGUUAAUCUACAACACCUCGACAUCCGGGGUACAAACUUGAAGAAGAUGCCCGCACAGAUAGCCAGGCUGCAGAAUCUUCAGACUUUGUCUGCCUUUGUGGUCAGCAAAGUGCAGGAUGGUUUGAAGGUUGGGGAGCUAAGAAACUUUCCCCAUCUGAAGGGGGAGCUUUCCAUUUCAAAGCUACAAAAUGUUACUGACCCCUUAGAAGCUUCCCAAGCCAAUUUGAAGAAGAAAGAACUCAUAGAAGUGUUAGCAUUAGAAUGGGAUCAUGGUACCACUGAAGACACGCGAAUCGUAAGGCUUGUGCUUGAUCAGCUGCAGCCUCCCACAAAUUUGAAGAAACUAACCAUCCAAUGCUAUGGGGGAACCAGCUUUCCAUAUUGGUUGGGUGAUUCCUCAUUUACUAACAUGGUGUACUUGUGCAUUAGAGACUGUGAUCAUUGUUGGUCACUGCCACCCCUUGGACAAUUACUCAGUCUCAGAGCACUAUACAUUUCUGGGAUGAAAUCAGUUAAGACUGUUGGUACUGAAUUCUAUGGAAGUGGUUCCAGUUCUUUUCAACCAUUUCCCUCCUUGGAAGUUCUGAGCCUUAAGGAGAUGCCAGAGUGGGAGGAAUGGAACUUGAUUGGAGGUACAGCUAUUGAGUUUCCUAGUCUAAGAUGCCUGUCACUGGAAAAUUGUCCAAAACUUAAAGGAACCUUGCCCACCAAACUUCCUUCUUUAACUUUUGAGUUAUCUGGCUGUCCACUAUUAUUUCCCAUUGCAAUGGUCUGUCCCAAACCCAUUGAAAACACAUCAACCAACCUUCCUGGCUCAAUUGUGCUCAAGUGCACCAAUUUCAUCCUAGACUUAACAAUCUCAAGCAUUCCCUCACCAGCAUCUCUUCCAAGAGAUGGCCUUCCAACAACAUUGCGAUCUCUCACUUUACGUGAUUGUGAGAAUCUGCAAUUCCUCCCUCAUGAGUCCUUGCACAAUUACACAUCACUUGAGAAUUUGACAGUACAUAAUAGCUGUAGUUCAAUGACUUCCUUUACCUUGGGUUCUCUCCCUGUACUCAAAAGUCUUAGCAUCACAGGUUGUAAGCAACUGCAAUCCAUUGCCAUUGCAGAAAAUGCUUCUUCCCACAGUCUCUUGCUUCUUGAGUGGUUGAGCAUACAUUGUUGUCCUGAACUAGAGUCAUUUCCCACGCGUGGAUUGCCCACUCCUAACCUAUAUCAUCUGGAUGUUUCCAUGUGUGACAAGCUUAAAUCACUGCCAGAACCAAUUGCCAAUCUCACCGCGCUUCGAGGAUUGACUAUUCAGAGUCUUCCAAAUCUUGAGUAUUUUGCAAAAGAAGGUUUGCCUGUCAAUUUACGAGAUUUAGCUGUCUGCAGUCCUAGGAGUUUCUGGACAGAAACUAUCAGUGAGUGGGGUUUGCAACGGCUCACUUGUCUUGCAGCGUUGCGUAUCGGAGGUGAUAAUCUUUUGACUGUGCUUAUGAACAUUCAAGUGCCAGUGUUGCCCACUUCUCUUGUGUCCCUAGUAAUCUGUAAUCUUCAUGAUGUAAAAUGCUUGGGUGGGAUUUGGCUUCAGCAUCUCACAUCCCUUGAAAAACUUGAGAUUUGUUAUUCUCCCAAACUCGAAUCCUUGCCAGAAGAGGGACUUCCUUCCUCUCUUUCAGUACUGAUCAUUAGGCAAUGCCCAUUGCUAGAAGCAAGUUGCCAUAGCAAUGGUGGGAAAGAGUGUCCUAAGAUUGCUCACAUUCCAUGCAUAAUUAUCAAUAGACAAGUGAUCAUAUGAAUCAUCCUGCACUUAUCUUGUUAGAAGAUCUUUGCAGGUUGUCCUUCAAAGAUCAAUAGACAAGUGAUAAUAUGAAUCAUCAUAUGCUGGGUUUGCCUUCCCCAUUCUUUCAACCUUUUAUCUUCUUUUUUUUUGUUUUUAAAGAUUGUUAUGGUUUAGGCUAAAACCUUGAAUUGAUCACUUGACUUGUUUGAGAUGUAAUUUAAUAGUCUUCUCAGUCUGGCUGUCUGUUUGAGCUACAAAAAUCUUGUGCACUGAAAAUGAACUUUCUUAUCUGAUGAAGUAGUUUUUGCUGUCUGCAUUCACGCUUUCGUAAUUCUGGAAGUGAGACCAGAAAUUUAAAUGAUGGCUAUUCAUCCUGUGCCUUUUGACAUAUUGUUCAGAUUCAUCAAUGAAGUGCAGAAUGUUAUCUUUUGACAGGAUUGUCUAGACUCUAGAGAAAGCCUUCAGAAUGAUGUAUUAUUUGGUAUCCAAUAUCUGAUUUCUUAUUAUGUAUGCAAUUUGUCACUGAAUGGUACUUAUAUUUUACUUGGUUGAAGUGGGAAUCAUUUGGUAAAUUACUGGCUAAACUAGACCAUAGAAAGAGUAACUAGGGAUUACCGAAUUCAUUUGUAAAGUUCUGUUUAUGAACCUGGUAUUUUGAGGAUCUGAUUGAUGUGACACUCUAGUGGGUAUGUAUUAGCCCAAAACAAAACAAGAAAGAUUUGGAAAAAGUUUGGUUGAGACUCCAUAAUAAGUGGGAAGAAGUGAGAGAUGGAAAGAAAAAAGAGAGAAAGUAAAAGAUGAUAAGUGAUAUGAUGAAGGAGAAGAGAGAUUAAUAGAAAGUAAGGUAAAAAUGAAGUGGGAAAUUAUAGAAGGGUGAAUGAAUUAUAGCUCUAAGGAUUUGUUCACACCAAUACAUUCACACUUAUUAGAGAGAGAUAGGAAUAGAAGAGAGAAAAAUAAUAUAUAUGAUGUGUGAUGUGAUAAAAAUGGAGUAAGAGAUAAGAAGAAAAACUUGGUGAAAAUGAUAUGAAAGAUAAUGUUGUAAUUGGUAUGAUCAUUUUAAAACCCCUAAGCAAAAACAUAUACAAGUUUAUGAAAGAAAGGAGAAACAGAUAAAUUACUUACACGGUAUUUAUGGUUAUGAUAAUAUGAAUUGUGGUUCCAUCAAUCUAGAGCUGGGUACGCAGGGUGGCCCGCCCCGCGCAGGCAUGCAGUUUAGCGGUCCUCUAUUUUCCGGGCUAUAGCCUGCACUAAUCCGUGGGCCGGCUCGCGGACUUUGUCCUCUCUUACCCCCUUUUUCGCCCUCGUAGGCUCGUCCCGUACUAGCCCGCCUGCGUAGGCCCGUAGUUAAGCGGUUCUUUA